UGUAGAAAGUUUUUGAGGGUUUUGCAUCUCUGAAGAUGGCAAAAUACUUAACGCCAAGGCGUUCAACGAUCCCUCAUAGUCCUUCUGCUCCAACUGUAAGUCUAUCCUCAAUCCAAAACGACUUAAAUGACACAGAUGAUAGUUCAAUAAACUGGGAGUCAGACCUAACCCACAGAAGUAAUAGCGAUGCUGCUAUUUUAAAAGCUGAUAAUGCGCAGAACCGAAAUCAAUCAACGAGAGAGGAGCUUCAGGAGGAAACAAAAGAAAUCACUGAAACAAAAGAAGUCACUGAAAUCUUGGAGUCAUCGACUUGUGAAAGCAAUGUAGAAAAGACUAUUAUGGGUGCGAAAAAAGAAGUGGACUCAAAGGAACGAAUGAUGAAUUUUUGUUUUAUUGCAAUAGGAAUCGCCAUUCUCGUAGUGUCUCUUCCACUCCCUGAUUUUUUGAGGGGAUUUCUACUUGGUGCUUUGAUUUGUUCAGCUUUGAGCUAUUCGCUGGCGCUUAUGACCUUUCCUCUGUUGAGCUCAUCGACUAAAAUUACAACACCUCCAACAACAGAUAGAAUAGACUACCAGGAAGAGGCUAUUCUGAAAUACGAGGGUUUCAUCAACGUCGGAUAUCAAUACAACCCUUGCACACACCGUCUUAGUCUAUUGCGAUCCCUCUACGUAAGACUAGAUGGAACAACUCUCAAAGUAUUCAACCCGUGCAAAGCUGUGCCGAAGAAGGCGUCUGCGUUUGAACAGCUGACAGGAGAAAAUUAUUUGUUCAGUCGCGUAAAAGUGUACAGUCUUCUAGGCGCAUCGAUAUCUCUUGUCCCAAACAGAUUGUCCCGCAAGCGAAAAUGGAAUCGCAAAUACCCUAUCAAAGUGACGUUUCCGGUUGAUGGUGUCGAAAGCUCCAUAUCAGAAGAAAACAGCUGUGCGUCCCGUGCGGGAGAGUCAACCAAUGAGCGUCACAGUUGGAGCAGCAGUGGAGACAACAGACUGGCCUCCUCCUUCUCUUCCCAGCCUAUUGAUAUGUUUCUGUUUGCUAGAAGUAACAGAGACAAAGAAGACUGGUUCUGUCGACUGUCUGUAGCCACUGCACAGAUACACAAGUACCACAGGGGAUUCAAACGAGUUUACUCCACCUCAUCGCCCGUGAGCAUUGAGACGUGUGUGCGUCUCUCUCGAGACUCAUUCAGCAGACGCAAAGUGACGGUGGAGGAUGCUGCCUGCAAAUACGACAUGCAGUACCACACAUUCCUCCCAGCUCACAGGAUACGCGUGCAGAAUGCGCAGACCAACGCAAACAGGAAACCGACAGCAAUCGAGGCGAGGAGUGAUGAUAUCAACAAGAGAGAAGGGGAGCAGCCUCUGACUGGACUGAAUGUACUGCUGGGACGUCUCUACUGGGGCAUGGCCAGAAAGGAGAGGUGGAUUGCACUGGUUGCGAACAAAAUACAGGCCAAACUGGCCACUAUCAAGGUACCCUACUUCGUGGACAAAAUAGCAGUUGCAGGGAUAGACAUGGGCAGCUCUCUCCCAAUUCUACUAGGGUCUAAAGAUACAAAAGCGAACGAACAGGGAGUGUGGACAUCUCUGCAGUUCACGUACUCUGGUGGAUUUGCACUUACAGUGGAGACUAGAGUGGAUCUGAACAAAUUGGUGGACCAUUUGCAGAAUAUUGAGAAAGAGAAGACAGUGGAUAUUGGCAGCAAACAACAGGCAGACAGCAAACGAAACAGACACGGUACAGAAUCAUCUGCAGCAGGGCGAAAGGAAUCAGGCUCAGAAAGAGAAGUGUAUGAUAACCAGAGACAAUCAAUGGAUGCGAAUGGGGACGAAGGAGAGGGAGAGGGGGACUGGCUGGAUGCAUUUUGUGAUGAUGGAGUCGAGGAUUCAGGGGAGUCCUCGGAGGACGAGAGUGAGUGGGUGGGAGCACUGAUGGACAUGCAUAAGAAUCCAAAUACAGAGGAACACAGAGACAAAGAGACCAACGGUAAACAAACAAAUGGACUUCUCAUGUCACCUUCCAAACAUCCUUCCACGCCUGGCUCCAGUGGCGCUUCUGGAUCGGGAACCAGGAGUUCAAUCACAAGCCCCACCCCUUCCUCCCACUUACGCACUCUCUCUAGUGUGGUGGGGAGGGUGGCUAAAAGCGACACUGCGAAGCGUCUGAGAGGAAGCCAGUUCGUGAACAAUAUCAUCCAGGAGAUAUCCAAUACACAUCUCCUGCUGACAAUAUCAGUCCAAUCUAUCAAUGGAUUGAUAUUGAUUAAUAUACCACCACCGCCUACGCAAUCUGUUUGGUGGGGCUUCGACUCCUCCUCUGACAUUGUACUGCAUGUGUCUCCCAAAGUGGGCACUAAGAUGAUCAAGAUCAACAUGGUCUGCAACAUCAUAGGAGCCAAACUGGUCCAGGAGAUCAAGAAGCUCCUCUUCUACCCCAACAUGGACGACAUACCAGUUGAUAUGCUCCUAUAACCAACAAAUCCAACCAAGUGCUGCCGUUACCCGAAAUUUCUGCAACUGAGUUCAAAUGUGAAGUUAGAACCAAAAGCAUACAAUCUCUGUUGAGUCAAACCAACCGAGCGGUAAAAAAUUGUAAGUUAUGACAUACAAAUUCUGUAACCUGGACGAUACAAAAUUCGAUCCAAUUACCCAAAGAAGUCGUUUUCUUUUCCAAUACGCAAUCCUCAACUACCAUGGCUUGGCCGCAGGUGCUUAUCAAAACACACAUCACUCGAGAAGUUAAAACUGUAUAAAUUGCUUUAUAAAUAGUCUACAAUUAUUUAGAAAUUAAUUUACGAAUUCUUUAUGGUUUGUUGAAAAGCUGCAAUAUGUUUACAAGAGAAUGGUUUGUGAAUCUUGUUUAGUUA